CCUACCCACCUUUCAGAUACCAUUCUUCUAUGUUUGCACCCAUGUCAUUUGCUCAGGAUACUGUGUCUGGAAAUCUUCAUAGAUAUUUGGUUUGAGAGUCCUGAAACCAGCAAAACAAUCAGCAAAGAGCAGACCGAUUGAAGAAUACAGUCAUCAGGUGCAGAAUUUCAGAGUGGGAUAUCAGAUAUUUAGUGUGAAGGUACGUCAACGCUUGGAUAAGAACACCUGGCAAAGUAAACAGCUGUGAAGAUUCAUCAUGGAAAUCAAAGAAGAAGGCACGUCAGAAGAAGGCCAACAUUUCCUUCCUCCUGCCCAGGCAAACGACACAGGGGACAUUCAGUUCACGAGCAUUCAGAAGAUGCCCAAUGAGCCACAGCUGGAAUUCAUCCUUGCAUGCAAGGAUCUCGUGGCUCCUGGCCGUGAUCGGAAGCUGAACACCCUGGUGCAGGUCUCAGUAAUCCAGCCCGCCCAGCAGAGUGUCUCAAGGUAUUCCAGCACCGAGACUGUGGAGGGAACAAGAGACCCACUGUUUCUGACUGGUGUCACGUUCCCACCCGAGUACCCCAUCUACGAAGAGACCACAAUAAAACUAGCCGUGUAUGAUGUGAAGGACAAGUCCCACGACACUGUUCGAACCAGUGUCCAACCUGAGCACAAGGAUCCCCCACCAGAAGUUGGGAGAAGUUUCUUGGGUUCUACCAUCUUUCAAGUCGGGGAGUUACUGAAGUCAAAGGAGCAGCUGCUGACCCUGAGUCUGAGAACUUCCGAUGGUGGCAAAGUGGUUGGAACCAUAGAAGUCAGUGUGGUGAAGAUGGGGGAGACGGAGGAUGCAGACGCCGACCACACCACCACAGAUGUACAGGGGCAAAAGUGUGCACUGGUAUAUGAAUGUACAGCUCCAGAAAGCAUCAGUGGAAAGGAUAACUUCCCUUUUCUGAAUGCAGUGUUAAAGAAUCCAGUGUGCAAAUUAUAUCGAUUUCCCACGUCGGACAAUAAGUGGAUGCGUAUCCGGGAGCAGAUGUCUGAGAGCAUACUUUCUUUCCAUAUUCCUAAGGAAUUGAUUUCCCUUCACAUAAAAGAAGAUUUGUGUAGAAAUCAAGAGAUAAAAGAACUUGGCGAACUUUCUCCACACUGGGACAAUCUACGGAAAAAUGUCCUUACUCACUGUGACCAGAUGGUGAAUUUAUACCAAGACAUUCUGACGGAACUGAGCAAGGAGGCAGGGUCCUCUUUCAAAUCAAGCAGCAGCAAAGGAGAGAAAACAUUAGAAUUUGUUCCAGUAAAUCUACAUCUACAAAGAAUGCAUGUACAUAGUCCUCACUUGAAAGAUGCCGUCUACGAUGUUGUCACCGUGGGAGCCCCUGCAGCCCACUUCCAGGGGUUUAAGAAUGGUGGUCUUCGAAAACUGCUCCAUAGAUUUGAGACGGAAAGAAGAAAUACUGGAUACCAAUUUAUUUACUAUUCACCUGAAAACACAGCAAAAGCAAAGGAAGUUCUCAGCAACAUCAAUCAACUACAACCUCUGAUAGCAACCCAGGCAGACCUACUGCUUCAUUCCGCAAGCCAGCAUUCUCCAGACAGCUUGAAGAAUUCUUUAAAGUUGCUUGCAGAAAAAACAGAACUUUUCGUGCAUGCCUUUAAGGAUCAGCUGGUCAGAAGCGCUCUUUUGGCUCUCUACACCGCAAGGCCAGGGGGCACCUUUAACAAAACCCCGUCUCCCAAGAGUGGCAAAGAGGAGAGGCAUGCCCAGGGCCAGUCCCCGCCCUUCAAGAGGCAGGACUCCAUUCCGCACCACUCAGACUACGAUGAGGAGGAGUGGGACAGGGUGUGGGCCAACGUGGGGAAGAGCCUGAACUGUGUGAUCGCCAUGGUGGACAAGCUGAUCGAGAGAGAGGGCAGCACGCAGCAGGACGGCGAUGGAGAAGCGGAGCCCGAGGGGGCGGACGCCCCUCCCCCCCAGGAAGACUGGCACGCGCAGCUGCAGCCCCUCAUCCUUGCCCUGAAGGACUGCAUGGGCGAAGUGGUGAGCCGGGCCAAGCAGUCCCUGACGUUCGUGCUGCUCCAGGAGCUCGCCUACAGCCUGCCCCAGUGUCUGAUGCUGACCCUGCGCCGGGACGCCGUCUUCAGCCAGGCGCUUGCUGGAUUAGUUUGUGGUUUUAUCAUCAAAUUAUACACCAGUUGGCAUGAUCCUGACUUCCUGCGGCUGCUGUCCACGGUGGGGCUGGUCGUGCAGUACGAAGGCCUGCUGAGCACGCACAGUGAUGAACUCGGAAUGCUGGAAGACAUGGCUGUUGGCAUUUCAGACCUGAAGAAGGUUGCAUUUAAAAUCAUUGAAGGCCACUCCAACGAUGUUUUGCCAGUUAUCACAGGAAGACGGGAACACUACGUGGUGGAAGUCAAGCUUCCGGCUGCCAUGUUUGAGUCGCUGCCGCUCCAGAUCAAGGAAGGGCAGCUGCUUCGCGUGCAUCCAGUACUUUUCAACGUGGGCAUCAACGAGCAGCAAACCCUCGCCGAGAGGUUUGGUGAUGUCUCUUUGCAAGAAAACAUUAAUCAGGAAAAUUUUGAGCUUUUAAAAGACUAUUAUACAAUAUUUAUGGAAAAGAUGCCUCCUGACUACAUUUCACGCUUUCAAGAACAUAAUGAUUUAAAAGGAUUGCUAGAAAACCUACAUCAAAACAUCCAAGCCAAAAAAAGAAAGAACGUAGAAAUCAUGUGGCUGGCGGCAACGAUCUGUCGCAGACUCAAUGGAAUCCGUUUCACGUGCUGUAAAAGUGCCAAAGACCGGACCUCCAUGUCCGUGACCUUGGAGCAGUGCUCCAUUUUGCGGGACGAGCACCAUCUACACAAGGACUUCUUUGUCCGCGCUCUGGACUGCAUGAGAAGAGAAGGAUGCCGCAUAGAGAAUGUACUGAAGAAUAUCAAAUGCAGGAAGUAUGCUUUCAACAUGCUGCAGCUGAUGGCUUUCCCCAAGUACUACCGACCUCCGGAAGGGACUUACGGAAAAGCUGACACCUAAGUUUACCAUCAUGUAAAUAAACAGAAACACAAAUACGUUUUGGUUGGAAAAAUCUCUCUAUGAUGGUUUUUUUCUUUUCCUUUUUUUUUUAAGGAAGGGGAAGCGUUUACCCAAAUUGAGGAAUUACCCCAAUCAUGCCUGGCAUAGGCCUCUCCACGCCUCGUGUAACAUUGUCGUUUCUGUUUCCCAGCCCCUUUGUGCUGAAGCUCACUGGUUGGAAGGAGAGAGGGUAAACUUCACUUGUGGAGGAUUUGAGUGAAAAGUGUUCUGGGCCCACCCAGCUGGCCAGUAUGAUUCAGGGAGUGAGAGGGAAAAUGGGAACAAGAAUUUAUGGGUUGCUUCUUGAUAUCAGAUCACUUUAGAGCCUGUUGGGGGCCUGUAUGAAGUCUCUUCCUGGUAAACCUACGCUAGGAGACUGUAACUCGUGUUCUUGACAGCUUGCAGCUGUCUGUGUUCUGUCCAGCUGUGGCGCUCCUGUAAGUGACGAGAGAGAACACACUUCAGCACUAGUUUGGUGUUGUCAAAACUCGGACUUGGGUUGUGUGAGUUUGAGGUAACGUGACAACACAGACUAUUUAACGAUACAACCGGCACAACGCUGCAGGGCUGUGAGAGUUGGGGAAUCUCUUGAUGACUCCCCAUCAGCUCAAACUUUACACCGUGAACUUCAGGAGAUCUUUCAGAUGUUUCCUCAUGGUCACCUCGAUGUGAAUUUGCAAUCCACCGCCACAUAGGUUAGUAUGGAUAAAUAUACUUGUAAGAUCUAUGCAGCUACCGUGACCAAGGAGCACACAUUUCUGUCUAGCUGAAUUUCAGCUUCUUUAAAAUAACACCACUGAUAAAAUUUCCCAAGUGCCAAAUUAGUCGUUGCCUUAGAGAUCAUCCUACAGAGAACUAGUAUUCACACAUUGGUAAACUAAGACCAGAGGCCUGGUUGGAAUAUUGCAGACUCUCCAUUACAAUCCCUCCUUUGUUUUAUUUUAUUUUUUUUUACCUUCCUAACUUAUGACUCAUCUCUUUUCCACAUUGCUAUGCUAACUACGCAUGCCAAUUCAGAAAGAAGAGUUGACAACAAAAUUAGGAUUUAUCAAGUGGAAUUGAAAUUUAGAGAAUAAAAUCUGAAUAAAUGAAACCUGUAUUUUUCCAGAUGUAUGUGGGUUUUCUGUUUCUCAUGAUUGGAGUAUGCCACUCAGAAAAAUAAAUCUUGUUCUUCAUCUUUUGGAAAUACCAGGGCUUAUUAAUAUAUUUUUUAGGUGAAACCACAUCCAAUGCAUAGUUAAUAUGAGCGCUAUGUCAGUGAUGCCUGUUAAAAUAAGAAUUUCAAACAGAUCAUUAGCUCCAUGUUGAGUUGUUCAAAUCGCUCACAACUUUGGAUAAUACUGAGCCUUCCCACGUUAGAAUUAUCAUUUUGUCUAAUGACCUGUGGGUAUUGCUGUAACAAUUGCCAAACUGUUUAUAGCUCUUUAAUUGAAAAUGUUCUGUAUAUGCUGGAUGUUCAAUGAAAAAAAUAUUGUAGGCUUCUCUGAUAAGAUUCAUUCUCCAUUUAAGUAGAAUCUUUGAAUUGCUUUGUUUCCAAAUGGAAGAGUCUGUGGUUAUUUUCACUAUCCCAUUGAAUUUAAGGUAGAGUGGUAGGGAUGACAGAGAUCUUCUAGAAUAGCUAUAAAAUUUGUUGAGAAUAUCAAAUGAUGGUCUGAAUCCCAGGGGAUGUUAUUUGAUUUACCAGUGUUUAAAGAUUUAAACAGUAAAAAAAUAAAAAACCUCAUGUCAAAUUUUGAAAAAAAAUGAGGAAGCCAACUAUUGGGUUUUAGGUAACAUUUUAUGAUUUCCUUCUCUUUAAAAUAAAUACCAAUGUGGAAGUCUUGAAGAAUGGACCUUACUGUAAUAAACAUUCAUGUGAGUUUUUAUUCAGUAUUAGCAUAAUCUUCACCAUUACCUAAUAGACAAGGGUACAUGUUUACCUACUUCUGAAAGUGGAUCAUUAGGAAAAUCCACCAUUGAUUAGUGUCACUUUAUCAACUAAAAGUGAAAUUUAGAGUAGAAAAAAAGUAUACUUGGACAAGCACUUCAUUAUGUGUUAUUAUCAAAACUUUCUGAACCAAAUGUGAAACAACAACAGAAAGAAAUUAAAAACAAACCUCUUAAGUCUCCCAUGCUUUCCUCCCCACACCUUCAUUUACAAGGUCAAUCAGCAGACUUAUUGGAGAUCACAGUAAGCCAAAAAUGAACCAGGAAAGUGACAUUUUCAAGCACCAUAGAUUUGGGCUAAAGACUAUGUUUUCCUUCCACUGUCAUCAAUACAGUAUCAAGUCCAAAUUGAUGAUUUGCAGAGUUCCAGGAGGGGGAAAAAUGUAUUUAGAGACACAAAAAGGUACAACCACCAUUAUGAAUGACACAGAAUGAAAAGGUCCAAAAUGUAGAAAUGUCUCCCCUGUCUGGUGAAGAGAUGUUUUAAAUGUUGGCAGAGACAGACCCAUACUUAGCUUCACCCGUUCAUUAAUUUCUCCUGUGUCUUUUUGUUCUUUUAAAAUAUUGCCUCGAGUUCUCACUACACACUGCCAGUGCAUCCUCUAGAUGUUAUGGUGAGUCUUAUCAUCUAUGGAGUCACAGUAACCAAGCGGUCAAUUAUUUUUAAAUGGUCCACUCAUCAGUGGGAGCCAUUCAUAAGACUAACACCACUUCUGAAGAACCUGGAAACUCUGAAGGCUAGCACUGGAGAGAGGGUACUUCUCUAUUUUUACAUUUACUCUGGUGUUGUUCAGAAAAUAUAAGACGUUAGAAGAGGGGAGAAAAAGUCCUGUGAUGUGUAUAGAAUAAUGGUUUGCUUCCAAAGUAAAUCAAAUCUUUCUCUGUGUAGGAGUUGAGGCUCUGCCAAGAGACAUGAUCAUGCUGGUAUGUUGGAACUGGGUUUUGUUUUGUACUUGAGCGUUGAUUGUGAAAUUUUCAAGCAUUCUGUCCUCUUGUUGCUAAACAUAAUCAUGAUUAACACAAAAUUAUGAAACAUAAUUGGAUAGAUUUUAUUAAGAAAAAACAUAUAAUCAAAGCUUGCUUACUGCUUCCUAACUCUUCCACUGAAUUUUGCUAUUUAUGCUUUGAGCGGAGUGAGGCUCGGUGUGAAGCUUAUAUAAUAUGACACUCUUGUGAAGCUCUUUCUCACUUUUCAUUUAGGAUCACCCUGAAUACCCUGAAAGUAGCCACUGUGGGAAUAUUUACAACAGAAACUGUCAAAUAGUAAACUAGGGCAUUCGGCCCUGGAAAUCGGGUUGUUAAUCAUAUAUUGGCGCACCUUAUUUUUCUCUGCUGGAUACAACAAAGAAUCAGAAGCAAGAUGAAAUUAUUAAAAUGGCAUUAAAUAAGAUAAGUCAUUUUCAGAUAGCUGUAAUUUUACUGCGAGUUUUAUCCUCUGUAAACACUCCAACUAGUCUGUAAGGCAUGACUUGUAAUUAUAAUUAAGCUAUUAGAUUGUAGGGGUGCAUUAAAAAACCCACCACUGAUGUGCUUCCACAGCAUGAAGCCCUAGUGUGAGCAAGGACUCGGGGGUAGACAAGGGAAAUCAAUAACGUGCUUACCAUAUUGAUUUUUAAGCUUAUAAUUUUGACAUUUGCUGAAAGUAUGCAAACAGUAACAUUGCUAUGCCCAGACUCUAAUAAAUAUAGCUCAAUCAAAACCCAAACUGUUGUAUUAAAUGAAUUAAACUCUGGCAGUGUAGUAAAGCGUGACAGAUGUUGUAGGUGGUUGAGUUCCAAGCAGGGUGGUACAUUGUUUUACAUCAACAUAUACAGUCCACAUUUUGCAAUCUGUGAAGGAAUAAAUUAUCUUUUAUUACAAAUUUAAGAAAUUGGUCUGAGAAAACUCUCUUCAGCAGUUAGGGAAGGAAGCAAAAGCACCUGGCAUGGCUGGAAGCCUUACCAAUUGUGUACUAUUGGAAAGAAUAAUUUGCUAAGAACUGAGUAGCUGAUUGACCAUUUUAGCAUAAAUUCACAUUUAUUUGGCCCAGCUGCCAUCUUUUGGAGCUGUGUUCCUCCACCCUUAAACUGUUUCUCAGCUUUGGGCAGAAAAUGCCAAUAUAUUGUAUCUCUUGUAUCUCUUUUUUCUCUGGCAGUUUGAAAUUAGACCUUCACACACAAAGAUACUACCUAUAACAAAAACUGACCUUUAUAAAGCUAGGGAAAUAAAACUGCUGUUUUAGAUAAAAUAUGACAAGCCAAUUAAGUAUGAAAUUAAGGAAUAAAAAAUUGCUUUUCUUUCUUUCUAAGAAAUGGUGCAUGUUAAUCAUGCUGAAUUUAAUUUCUGAGCAAGUAAGAAAAAGUCUUUAGACACUUUUGAUUUUAAAGAAAUAAAUGAAGUCUAGCUAUUUGUAACAAAGUAAAAUGAAAAAAUUAUAGAAUAAUAUUAAGCCCCAAGUGGCCCAUGCAAUCAUGCCUGAGCUUUUUUUAACCUUUAUUUUUAAUUCAAGCAUAGAAUUUUACAUUUGAAAGGACAAACAUUCACAAGUGCAGUACACUGAAAAGUGAAUAUCAAAACAAAGAAGGCCUGAGAUCAAUGAUGUAUCCUAAGAAACCAGACAUGAUAUUACUGAAAACAUCUAAACUUCACAGGUGAGAAAUGGAUACAACCAUUAGCAUAUCUUCCAAGAUGACCUGCUGUGGUAGUGGUCAUUGGGAGACAUUAGUGACUCCAAUCUUACCAAAAUUAUGUAUAUACAUAUACAGUGAUGUUUCUAUACCAUUAUCAAGAUUAUAAACCAUUUCCUGUUGUAAAGAGCUUUCCUACUUCCAAAAGGCAGAGUGCAGAUAUCUGUAGACCUUGCAGAUUGCAUGUGCCAUACAUGCAAUCCGUAUGACUUCUUACAUAUUGAACCUAAUACUGCGUUCUCAGGCUCUUGAGGUACUCGUUUGAAAGUUGACAUUUGUUUUCUUUUAAUGUUAAAUAAAUACUUUAAUUAGACCAAUAAUGUGUAUACCUAGGAAAUGAGCCCAAAUAGAUUAGAUCAUUUUAUACUGACAUUUAAAAACUACCAUUUGUGUUGUAUUGUUCUGUGUAAACCAUAUUAAUUGUACCAUUGUACAUGUGUGUAUUUUUUUAAUAAACCUGAUUUUAUUUUUUA